AUGGGCGAUGGUCCUCGAGGCAUACAAGUAUUUCCUGAUUAUUUUGUAGCAUCAACUUCUGGUUUGGAUUCUCCUCCAACCCAGGCAUCUUCAGCCCCGGAUUUUAGGUCUUUGUUCAUUAAAGAAUUCUGGUCUCCUAGCCAUUCGUCUGCUCGAAGAAGAUUUAGAAGAGCCACAACCAUGUUGAACUUAUUUAGUCUAAAGGGGCUAUCAUGGAAAUUAGUCGGAAAUGAUCAGGAAAAGGUUGUGUUAAGUGCUGUGGAGGUGGAAUCUCUUCGUUCAGAAAUAGCUGCUUUAGAAGAAAGAGAAUCUCACUAUAAAGCUCAGCUAGAACAUGUUGAUGAAGUAUUAAGAUCUGCUCGUCUAUCUGGAUAUCUGUUCUUGCGAACGAGAUGGGCAGCAUUACCGGGAGAACCUCCACCGAUAGACGAUACCGACGUUGACGAUUGGCUUCCACGCUUUGUUGUCCUUCACGGGUCAUGCAUCUAUCUGUACAUGAUAGCCACUGAUUUAUGCCCCCAGGACUCGACCCUCCUAUCUGAUGUUGUUGAAGUUGGGGCCCUCCCUUGCCUAACACGAGAAGACGACGAGACCCGAUAUUGCUUUUAUAUCUUAACACGUCAUGGCUUGCGAUAUGAAUGCUCAAGUCCAUCUAAGAUACAGAUCGAUUCAUGGUUGGCAGCACUAAGGAUUGAUUGCAAGUUGGCAUCGCAAUCUGAAGACCCAAAGGAACCAGAGAAGACGUGAAUCUAUUCAAUUGCAUCACAAAUCACCUGUACAUAUAUGUCUUGAUUUGAAGUGCUAUCACGAUUUGUUUAGAGUGAACAAUAGUUCUUAACAUCAUUUGUAUCUUGUACAUAUCCUAUUUCAGCUGGAUAUAACAGCCUUUGAUUCGGGGGACAAUUCCUCGAUGGGUCCCAGAUUUAAGGAAAAUGUAUCAGAUAUAGGCUGAAAUUUAAGCCUCUCUCUCUCUCUCUUAUUUUUUUGAGGAAAUUACAUCCUCCACUUAAAAUACUUGAAAAUAUUACAUAAUUACAUCCCCUAUAUAAUUAUUUACAAAAUAACUAAAUUUGUUAUAUUUAUUUGCAUAUAUGUCUAAGAAUCUAAUUUU